GGAAAAAGGAACCUUCUUUUCAAAACUUAGAGGUACGAAUAUGUCUUUUCUCCCCCCAUCGCAGUCAUUGUCGAACGCGCGAGACGAUUUUCAUAAUUUCCUUCAAGAUAGCCCUGGUCCUGCACACAGAGCUCAGCCUUUUACAACUGCUGGAAAUAUACCGAAACAAAUAGAGGAAACCGCGAGCAAUGAUUCUGAGGAGGAAUUAUCUGAUCCUGGUCCAUUAUAUAUCACCCAGACAUCCACAAUCAACACAGGAAACGAGAAGCAGUCGGAUGGCUACAAGGCUGAGCUACGGCAAGAUGCGACAAUAACUAAUGUCACGACGACUGAGGAAGAAAAGGGCAUGGAUUAUGAAAUGCACUACGGAGCAUCACAGCGCAGCGUCAAAGAUGUCGUAAAGGAAAUUCUUGAUGAUAUUGCUACCCACAAAAACCUUCACGACUGGGAUAAUAAGCUCGUUGUCACCCCUUUUAAGAAGCUGGAAACAGUCAUUCGCAGCCAUUUGGCAAGGUGUAGCCAAGAGAUGCUGAACGACCUGCUCAUCCAUUCGUCGGUGGAGGAAGUUCUGUGUGCAGAUGGGAAACUACAAAGUACCCCAGCCAUGCAGCAAAAUGGACAAGUCAAUGGUCAUUUUUUCUUCUCUAAGAUCGGCGCGGAUAUGGCUACAUCGAAAGGGAAAGAUCCAGUGAGUCCUUCCCGAGGUCGUGUCAUAUGCGUCAAAGAGUGCCAAUCACAUAAUGAGCGUGCAGUCUUAUUAUGGGUACAUGCUCUCUGCAUCCGGCUGCAAAAUGAAGACAAGGCAUACAUUCGUAAUUUCAUUGAACGACAUCUCAAUCUUAAAUCGACAAUGGCUACUCCAUAUCAUUGGCAACCUACUUCCGCACCGGAAAUUGGCGUAGAGCAGCACCAAAAGCACUAUCGAAGAGUGUCCAUGUCGUUCCACCUCACAUAUCUAACCAUGUCUGCUGUGGAUAAUCCAGCUGAACGGCAAAUCGACAUUGAUCGAACUCCGCUUUUAUCGUUGAAUCAUGAGAAGCCCGGCGAUAAUACUAAGAACUAUUUUCUCUAUAAGGCCUCUUCGUCCACCUUAAUGACUCUUGUGAUCCCUGAAGAGUCCACUAGCCGAGAAGAGGAGACUCAGUUACUAAAAUCACCACAGGGCCUUUGGACAGUACUCAUGGUCAACUACCCUCGACAACAUUUUGACCGAGAGCUGGACAGGCAUCUCACUCCAAUCUCCCAAUUCAUUCGUGGCAUAACCGCCGCACUUAUCACGCAACGGGAUAAUGCCGAAUCAAUAUGCGACUUUCUCAGACAUGAGCUGCAGUCGUGUGAUAUAGAUGGGCUUUUUGAUGACCAACAUUUUACCAAAUCCAAUACGUAUCAUCGCACGAUCCAAGGAUGCAGUGAGCUUAAAGACUCACUCGAUUCUACUUUUCGAUUCAUGAAGAAGCUCAAUAGUGGCCAGAUGAAGGAUUUAAGAAGUAUUGUACACCCACAGGAGGAAUCAGGUGUAGAACACUGGACACGCGAAAUGCACGAGGAGAUCUUUUCCUUGAGAGAACUGCGAGCUCAGAUCGAAGGAUUGAACAAAAGAGCGCAAGAAAGCCGUGCUGCUUUGCAUAGCGCGACUGCUGUUCUAGAAGGGCGCACUGCCUUGCAACAAGGCCAACGACUAAAAGUGUUAGCGUACCUAGCAACGCUUUAUCUACCUCUGACAGCAGCUUCUUCAAUUUACAGUAUGAGUGUUUUACCCAAUUCGGCCUCAUUCGCAUCCUUCUUUGUCGUCCUCGCUGUGCUGCUGAUCCUUACACUAUCUCCCAACAUUUAUCGCGUAAUACUGUGUAGACUCCAGUCAAUUCGUACAGCUGCUUUCAGGGCUUCUACUCGGAAAGCUACUGCUCCAAUCGAGCCCCCAAUAUCGCCAGAAGCCUCGGCUUCGUCUGAAGAUAUCAUUCCGGAAGCCUUAAUCGAUCCAUUAAAAGUCACACCUCCUUCUGGGCCAAGGAAAAAAAAGCCACGGCUCGUUCGGUAUCUCCAAGCCUUAAAACCUCAUAGCAAUAUGUGUCUUCCUCCGCGUCACUCACUUAAUGACUUCAAAACUCGCUUUCCCAAACUCGACAGUUUUUUCUACCUUAUUAAAUGGAUAUUUUGCGAGAUCCCGGAAACAAUCGCGUUUUGCUACUUGGUCCCGGAGCUACAGUUUCCGAUGGACCAGUACAAUCUGUACAAAAGUAGAGGUAGCGAAUUCAUGAAGAGAGCAGGGUGGAAAUGGCAUCCGCUGGCCUUCGUCAGGGAUGUAAUUCGUGCCUUGCUCUUGCCGCUCUGGGCAAUUAUAGUCAUAGUCAUACUCGUUUGGCUAAUGUUGUUGGUUUUGUUGAGGUUCUUCUUGCACGUUACCCUGGGGUCGGUUAAUGUGGGAUUUUGAGUUGUGCUAGUAACCUAUUUAGGGCUAACGCAUCUUUGUACGCUAUAUCUAUCUUAGAGCUCUCCCGAGCACCUCAACCCUACACUAUAGCUCAAUCAACCUAGCUUGGCUCAUCA